AGGAAACCAAAGCUCCCUCCCUCACUUCCUCUCCAUUAUUUAAUCUUUCUACAAGGAAUAUAAUACUACUCCUUCCAAUUUUCUCUUCCACCACUCUAAAUUUACUCUACUUUAAAUUCACACGCUUUAUAUAUACAUACAUAUAGGGCAAACAACCAAAGUGCACUACUGUCUUUCAUUUCUAAUUUUGUAAAGACCAAAAAGAAAAAACUUUUAUUUUUGAGACCAUAAAUGAAGAAAACCCCACAGAAAUCUAAGGUGUACAAACAUCAUUUUUGUUUUCAUAGUCAACGCAGUGUUAGUGCACUUGUGCUAUGGAUUGUGAUGAGUCGCAUGAAUUGAGAUUGAAGCUGGGAAGAAAAUGGCUAAUUUCUUUUCACUAGGUGGCAACCACGACCAACAACAUCAAGAAAUUAGCAGCAGCCCUGCAGUAACCACGGAGAAUAAUUGGUUCUUGUACAGAAAUGAUCAUCAUAAUCAAGAAAUACCCAACACUUACAAAGGCUUCGAGUUAUGGCAAAGUGGUAAUACUCCUCAACAUCAACAACAGUUUCGUCACCCAAUUUAUCCUUUGCAAGAUCUUUAUUCCACUGAUGUUGGAUUAGGUGUCGGGCCGAGCCGAACUGGCUUCGAUAUAUCUACAGGUGAUCAUGAUGAGUCAUCAAGGUCGGGGUUCGUGAUGAUGAGGAGUGGUGGAGGAGGAAUUAGUUGUCAGGAUUGUGGGAACCAAGCUAAGAAAGAUUGUCAACAUAUGAGGUGUAGGACUUGUUGUAAGAGCAGAGGGUUUCAGUGUCAAACUCAUGUGAAAAGCACUUGGGUUCCAGCAGCUAAAAGGAGAGAAAGGCAACAACAACUUACUGCUUUGCAACAACAACAACAAGGACAAAAUAAUAACAGUAGUAAGCAUAAAAGGCAAAGAGAGGAUCCAAGUUCUUCUUCUCUUGUUUCUACUCGUUUGCCUUUCACCACUACUGGGUUAGAAGUGGGAAAAUUUCCAGGAAAAGUACGUACAAGUGCUGUAUUUCAGUGUAUUCAAAUGAGCUCAAUUGAGGAGGAUGAGGAUCAAUUAGCAUAUCAAGCCGCUGUGAGCAUUGGUGGACAUGUGUUCAAAGGAAUUCUAUAUGAUCAAGGUCAUGAAAGUCAGUACAAUAAUAACAUGGCUGCACAGGGAGGCGAUACUUCUUCCGGUGCUAGUGCUGGAGUUCAGCAGCACCAACAUAAUUCCGCUGCAAUGCCUGCUGCCACCACUACAAGUGGCGCUAUUGCUACUGCAACGGCUCCCUCUAAUUUUCUCGACCCUUCUUUAUUUCCAGCUCCCCUUAGCACUUUUAUGGUACCAGCUGGUACGCAAUUUUUUCCAACUUCAACAUCUCCUUGAUCAAUUACAUGCACUUUAAUGUCUCGUUUUUAGCUGAAAUAUCGAUGUAGAAUUAAAUCAUUUAAAGUUAGUUUUCUUUCUUUCUUUGGGGCUGAAUU